AUGCAGACCUCCACGUCCGCCUGGACCACCAGCCCGUCGGCUACGGGAUCCUCGACGGCGUGGUCAAACGUGGGGACGACGACGUCGCGCGGCGGUGAGGCCCGGGAGCCGGCCGGACCACUCGUCCGUAACUCCCGCACGAGCGCGGCCGCUGCCUCGGCGUCGAACCGCGGCGAGGGUAAGGUGGAUCCCGUCAAUGGAGGCCACGACCGUCCUUGGGGCGGCCGAACUGUUUUCGAGGCCGUCUUUGUGACGUGGGACGGAGCACAGUCGUCCGGUUUUGCGCGCCGGGCCGGGCCCCACAAGCCGGAGUCGCCGGACCCGGUGCUCUCCGCCGUCGAGGAAGUGUGCCGAGGAGCUAAUGCAACGUUUGAGAACCCGGCGUUUGUCCUCCAAUCCAUCAAGAACGUCUCGUUCGAGAGCCGCGAGGUCCCAAAGCUUCGCGACGAGCACGAUGUGCGCGUCCACAUCGAGCAGACUGGCAUCUGCGGCUCAGACGUCCACUACUGGCAGCGGGGCCGCAUUGGCGACUUCGUCCUCGAGAGUCCCAUCGUUCUGGGCCACGAGAGCUCCGGGACUGUUGUUGAGGUCGGCAAGAAGGUGAAGAAUCUCAAGGUUGGCGACCGGGUUGCCAUCGAGCCCGGCGUGCCCUGUAGACACUGUGACUACUGCCGUGCCGGUGCAUACAAUCUCUGCGCGGAUACCGUCUUCGCAGCCACGCCGCCGUGGGACGGGACGCUACAGAAGUACUACAUCGUCGCCGGGGACUACUGCUACCCGAUCCCCGAGCACAUGACGGCCGAGGACGGCGCACUCGUCGAGCCCGUCGCGGUCGCGGUGCAGAUCUGCAGGGUCGCGGGCCUCCGCGGCGGGCAGAGCGUGCUCGUCCUCGGCUGCGGGCCCAUCGGCGCCCUGUGCCAGGCCGUGGCCAAGGCGUACGGGGCCAACAAGGUCGUCGGCGUCGACCUGUCGAAGUCCCGUGCCGAUUUUGCAAGGUCGUUUGGGGCAGACGACGUCUACGUUCCUUCACGGGAGGCGGUCGCUGAUAACGUGGAUCCCGUGGACGCAUCCCGUGCCAUGGCCGAGAACAUCGUCAAGACGUUCGGCCUGGGCGAUGGCGCGGACGUGGUGCUUGAAUGCACCGGGGCCGAGCCGUGCAUCCAGGCGGGCGUCUUUGCGGCCAAGAAGGGAGGGACCUUUGUGCAGGCCGGUAUGGGCAAAGAGAACGUCGUGUUUCCGAUAACAACGGCGUGUAUCAGAGCCUUGCGCGUCUUGGGCUCCAUCCGUUACACCACCGGUUGUUAUCCCGGGGCCGUAAACCUCGUGGCCUCUGGCAAAGUGGAUCCACGGAAACUCAUCACGCACAGGUUCAAAUUCGAGCAGGCGUUGGAGGCUUUUGAAACUGUGAGGCAAGCCAAGGAAGACACACUCAAGGUUGUCAUUGAGGGCGUUCAAAAGUAG